GUUGUAUAUAUAUAUAAUACUUGAUGUCGAGCUCGACAAAAUGGACUCGAGCUCCUGCAAAAAACAGUCGAGCGAGCUCAGCUCGUUCACACCCCACUAGUUAGGAAUGAAUUCAUCCAUAUCAAUACACACAUUGUUUAAAUAUUAAAUUAUUAAUACUAUAUAUACCGAGAGACUGCAUCCUCUCCUCCAAUUCUAUUUUUUAGAUACUAUUUAUAAUUAAAAUUUAAAAUUAAUUUACAUUGGGUCUCUUUUUGGAAUUGGGCCUCUUCUUGAAUAAAAUUAACACGUUUGGGCUUGGGUUUCGAUUAACAGUUUUAGGCUAUAAAUUUAGCUUAGGCCUAUUACAAUUUGAUCUAAUUUGUUGUUCUCUUUUUUUUUUUUUCUUUUUUUUCUUUUUUUUUUCCACAAUUGACUAAAUGGUGCAAAAGUGUGAAUCAUUGAAGUCGUCUCUCGUGUAUUAAUUAGGCUUGUUUUUCUUGAUAAUUCACUGCUGUUAAUUACUAUAGUCUGAGCAUUUGGGCUUGGCUAAAUGUGAGAGAGACGACCUAAGACCCAUUAAAUGUGAUUUUUUUUUUUUUUUUAUAAAAAUAAUUGUACCAUAAUUAAAUAGGAGCUUUAUAUAUAAAUAUGCUAAACGUGAUAUCGGUGGUUCAAAUAUUUUUGAGUGAGAACACCUAUUUUCAUAGGAUAUCGUUACUAUGUUUAUCAGUGAUAUAGUGUCACUAAUUCAAUAUAAAGAAUCGAGUGACAAAAAAUAAACUAUUUGGCUAAUGUGGUUUACGUUUCUUAUAUGGUCUGCAAGUUAUUAUACGAGAAUAUUGAUUGACUCGGUACACUUAUAUAGUUGGUUACAGAUUCGUUCACUCAGAAAAAAAUUGACUAAGUGGGGCAAAAUUCCACAAAAUAAAUGGUCUUUAAUUUUAUUUUAUUUUCCCCAAAUUGUAUAAUUCCACCAUAAAUUGUGGAGUCUUGGACCGGCAAUUGAUUUCAUUUUCUUUCUUCUCAAAUAUCAAUAGAAGACUUAGAGCCAGCAGUCAUAGUUUUAAUUUAGUCUACAUAUAUAAUUAAUGACUUGGCCAAACUUUUGGAAAAUUGGAUGUUAGUAGUUGCUUUCACUUGAGUUAAUUACGUUUGUUUUACUUUAGUUUCUUCAUUUAUAAAUAGCAUUUCUUACAAUUACAUCUCCAUUGCACUUGUCCUAAGUACACCCAAAUAAAUUCAACCAAGAAAAGAAAAGGUUACUAGGGUUUCCAUGGCAUCACCAUAUACUUCGAAAACACUAGCAUUUUUCGUUUUUGCCCUUUUCGUGCAAGUCGCUCUAGGAAAAAUUGAGUGCCAAAAUCUGAGCAAAGACACGUGUUCGUAUGCGGUAUCGUAUGUGGGGAAACGAUGCGUGCUUGAGAAGCACGUGCGGAGAAGCGGCGUGGAAGAGUACACGUGCGGCACGUCGGAGAUUGAGGCCGCGGGUAGAAUGAAGGAUUGGAUCGAAAGCGACGAAUGCAUAAAAGCGUGCGGCCUCGACAGAAGCGCGCUUGGGAUUUCGUCGGAUUCUAUGUUGGAAUCGCAUUUCGCCGGAAAACUUUGCUCCGACGAGUGCUACGGCGGCUGCCCCAACAUCGUUGAUCUUUACUUCAAUCUCGCUGCUGGAGAAGGCGUGUAUCUUCCCAAAUUAUGUGAAGCACAAGGCACAAACAAACGGCGUGAAAUGGCGGAAAUUAAAAGCUCCGGAUACGUAGCUCCUGGACCAGAAUCAUCGUCCAAAUAUGUUAACGGCGUUAACUUCGUCUAUGCCCCGUCAACGGCUCCUUCUUACUACUAUUGAGGCUUUUAAAUUUGACCCAAUAUUCGACUAGCUCAAUAUUCGGAACGGGAACAAAAGAAGAUAAAAAAAAAUUAUAUAUAUAUAAUUGAAAUAAGGAAAUUCGUCCAAUAUUUAUUAUUAUUAUUAUCACAUUAUUGUGUAUCUUGUAUGUUUUUUCGAUUUAUUUUUUGAUUUCGUGGUUGUAAGCUAUACUCUGUACCGUUGAUUUACACAUAAUAAUGCACAUGCUCAUGUCUAUGCAUGCUUUAUCGAUAGUAAUAUGUAUAAAUCUAUGGAGCAAAAUCUAUCAGCGGUCUUUUUACGAGUCUCA